AAAAAAAGCAACACCUGCAAGGAUCCUACAUUACUCAUGCUUGGGAUAAUUACCAUGCAUCAUUUGUGCCACCCCCCUUCCUGGCAUGUUGGCUCACAGCGAGUGGCCCAACCUCCAGUGACUCCUUUGGUAUUUGCUUCUUGCAGCCUACAUACAGCAUAUGAAUCAUCAAGCCCCCCAGCAGAGGGCUGCCUGGAAAAAAUAAGGUUUCAGUUAGAGAGCCAGCCAUAUGGAUGCAUGGUUGACUCUUACCACGCAACUCUUACAGCAAGUGAAACAGGAUAACAACCAAUGGCCAUGCUUUUCUCUUUGCCAAUGGAUGUCUGGGGGGAAAGGCAGGAGAAAGUGUAAAUGUCAAUGUCAAAGAGUGAAUAUUCAGUUCCAAAAUUGUGCAUAAGUAAAUCUGAAAAAAAAAGAAUCACAGCAGCGUCUUAUUGCUCAAUUCCAGCCCACGUACAGAGAAUUAAAAAGGCAAAGCAAUGUGAGUGAAAAGCAAGAGAUCAGACUCAGCAGGACUCUGCCACCUUGGCUUUGAAUGCUGCCACAUUUAUGAGUUUAACUGUUUUACCACCAGCCUUCUCUGAUCUCACUUGAUCAAGAAAGAUGGCAAAGGUUUGGAUGACCAAGGCAGCGCUGACACAAAAUUAGCUCUAGGAAUAAGAUAACGCGCUCCGUGAGGAAGGAAUUACUAAACUUAAAGCCAGCUAAUGAAUUCCUGGUAGAAUUCCUGAUGGAUGCAUCCAAAAGCUGAUUCUUGAAUUAGCCACAAACCUAUGGCUCGUAACUGUUAUUUGCCACACACAGAAAAAGGAUCCAGGACGCAGUUUUUGAGAGCUAAACCGCCGGCAACAUAAGUGGGUUGCAUCUUAUUCUCUUCAAACAAAAAAGAACAAUAUAGAGUGCUACAACAUUCCAUGUAACUGUCCAAGAUGAUAAUAGCAUCGCUGUCUCUUUAGAAGCUUCAGAUGUCAUGAGUCCAUCAUCCGUGUAUGUGGUGAAGAUAACUGGUGAAUCAAAAAAUUACUUCUUCGAAUUUGAGGAAUUCAACAGUACUUUGCCUCCUCCCAUUAUCUUUAAGGCCAGUUAUCACGGCCUGUAUUAUGUAAUCACUCUGGUAGUGGUAAAUGGAAAUGUGGUUACCAAGCCAUCCAGAUCAAUCACUGUGUUAACAAAACCUCUUCCCGUAACCAGUGUUUCAAUAUAUGACUAUAAACCUUCUCCUGAAACAGGAGUCCUGUUUGAAAUUCAUUAUCCAGAAAAAUAUAACGUUUUCACAAGAGUAAACAUAAGCUACUGGGAAGGUAAAGACUUCCGGACAAUGCUAUAUAAAGAUUUCUUUAAGGGAAAAACAGUAUUUAAUCACUGGCUGCCAGGAAUAUGUUACAGUAAUAUCACCUUUCAGCUGGUAUCUGAGGCAACUUUUAAUAAAAGCACUCUUGUGGAGUACAGCGGUGUCAGUCAUGAACCCAAACAGCACAGAACUGUCCCCUAUCCUCCUCAAAAUAUCUCAGUUCGUAUAGUAAACUUGAACAAAAACAACUGGGAAGAACAGAGUGGCAGUUUCCCAGAGGAAUCGUUCAUGAGAUCACAAGAUACAAUGGGAAAAGACAAACUCUUCCAUUUUACUGAUGACACUCCUGAAAUUCCCUCUGGCAACAUUUCUUCUGGUUGGCCUGAUUUUAACAUCAGUGACUAUGAAACCACAUCCCAACCAUAUUGGUGGGACAGUGCAUCUGCGACUCCUGAAAGUGAAGAUGAAUUUGUCAGUGUUCUUCCCAUGGAAUACGAAAAUAACAAAACACUCAGUGAGACUGAGAAAUCGACGACCAGCUCUUUCUCUUUUUUCCCUGUCCAAAUGAUACUGAGUUGGUUACCACCAAAACCACCCACUGCAUUUGAUGGGUUCCAUAUCCACAUGGAAAGAGAAGAAAACUUUACUGAAUAUUUGACAGUGGAUGAAGAGGCACACGAAUUUGUUGCAGAACUGAAGGAGCCUGGGAAAUAUAAGUUAUCUGUUACAACCUUCAGUUCCUCAGGAUCUUGUGAAAUUCGAAACAGCGAGUCAGCAAAAUCACUCAGUUUUUAUAUCAGUCCUUCAGGAGAGUGGAUCGAAGAACUCACUGAGAAGCCCCAGCAUGUGAGUGUCCACGUUCUAAGCUCAACCACUGCCUCGAUGUCCUGGACGUCUUCCCAAGAAAACUGCAACAGCACCAUCGUGUCUGUGGUGUCACUCACCUGCCAGAAACAAAAGGAGAGCCAGAGGCUAGAAAAGCAGUACUGUACUCAGGUGAACUCAAGCAAAUCUAUUAUUGAAAAUCUGGUUCCUGGUGCCCAGUACCAGGUUGUGAUGUACCUAAGAAAAGGCCCUUUGAUUGGACCACCUUCAGACCCUGUGACAUUUGCUAUUGUUCCAACUGGAAUAAAGGAUUUAAUGCUCUAUCCCUUGGGUCCUACAGCAGUGGUUUUGAGCUGGACCAGACCUUAUUUAGGAGUGUUCAGAAAAUAUGUGGUUGAAAUGUUUUAUUUCAACCCUACAACAAUGACAUCAGAAUGGACAACUUACUAUGAAAUAGCAGCGACUGUCUCCUUGACUGCAUCCGUGAGGAUAGCUCAUCUGUUGCCAGCAUGGUACUACAACUUUCGAGUUACCAUGGUAACAUGGGGAGACCCGGAACUGAGCUGCUGUGACAGUUCCACCAUAAGCUUCAUAACAGCCCCAGUUGCUCCAGAAAUCACUUCUGUGGAAUAUUUCAACAGUCUGUUAUAUAUCAGUUGGACAUACGGGGAUGACACUACUGACCUCUCGCAUUCUAGAAUGCUCCACUGGAUGGUUGUUGCAGAAGGAAAGAAGAAAAUUAAAAAGAGUGUAACACGCAAUGUCAUGACCACAAUUCUCAGCCUGCCUCCGGGAGAUAUCUACAAUAUCUCCGUAACUGCUUGCACUGAAAGAGGAAGUAAUACCUCCAUGCUCCACCUCGUCAAGCUAGAACCAGCUCCUCCAAAAUCACUCUUUGCGGUGAAUAAAACCCAGACCUCGGUGACUUUGCUGUGGGUGGAAGAGGGAGUAGCUGAUUUCUUCGAAGUCUUCUGUCAACAAGUUGGCUCCAGCCAGGAUAUAAAACUCCAGGAACCGAUUUCUGUUUCUUCUCAUGUCGUGACCAUCUCCAGCCUCCUUCCUGCCACUGCCUACAACUGUAGUGUCACCAGCUUUAGUCAUGACAGCCCCAGUGUCCCUACAUUCAUAGCCGUCUCAACAAUGGUUUCAGAAAUGAAUCCCAACGUGGUAGUCAUCUCUGUGCUGGCCGUCCUUAGCACACUGUUAAUUGGAUUACUGCUCAUUACCCUUAUCAUUCUUAGGAAGAAGCAUCUGCAGAUGGCGAGGGAGUGUGGAGCAGGAACUUUCGUCAAUUUUGCAUCCUUAGAGCGAGAUGGAAAGCUUCCAUACAACUGGCGUAGGAGUAUAUUUGCUUUCUUAACCCUGCUACCCUCAUGUCUUUGGACUGAUUAUCUUUUGGCAUUUUAUAUUAAUCCUUGGAGUAAAAAUGGUUUAAAAAAGAGGAAACUGACUAACCCGGUGCAACUGGAUGACUUUGACGCCUACAUCAAGGAUAUGGCCAAAGACUCUGAUUAUAAAUUUUCUCUUCAAUUUGAGGAGUUGAAGCUGAUUGGACUGGAUAUUCCACACUUUGCUGCAGACCUUCCACUGAACCGAUGUAAAAAUCGCUACACAAACAUCCUACCAUAUGACUUUAGCCGAGUGAGAUUAAUCUCCAUGAAUGAAGAGGAAGGUGCAGACUACAUCAAUGCCAACUACAUUCCUGGAUACAACUCACCCCAGGAGUAUGUUGCCACACAGGGGCCUCUGCCUGAAACCAGAAAUGACUUUUGGAAGAUGGUCCUACAACAGAAGUCUCAGAUUAUUGUCAUGCUCACUCAGUGUAAUGAGAAAAGGCGGGUGAAAUGUGACCAUUACUGGCCAUUCACGGAAGAACCCAUAGCUUAUGGAGACAUCACAGUGGAGAUGAUCUCAGAGGAAGGGCAGGAUGCCUGGGCCUGUAGACACUUCCGGAUCAACUAUGCUGACGAGAUGCAGGAUGUGAUGCAUUUUAACUACACUGCGUGGCCUGAUCACGGGGUGCCCACGGCCAACGCUGCAGAAAGCAUCCUGCAGUUUGUACACAUGGUCCGACGGCAAGCGACAAAGAGCAAAGGCCCCAUGAUCGUGCACUGCAGUGCUGGAGUCGGUCGGACAGGAACAUUCAUUGCCCUGGACAGGCUCUUGCAGCACAUUCGGGAUCAUGAGUUUGUGGACAUCCUAGGGCUGGUGUCAGAAAUGCGGUCAUACCGGAUGUCUAUGGUACAGACCGAGGAGCAGUACAUCUUUAUCCAUCAGUGUGCGCAACGGAUGUGGAUGAAGAAGAAGCAGCAGUUCUGCAUCAGUGACGUCAUCUAUGAGAAUGUCAGCAAGUCUUAGUUCAGAAUCCAGACCAGACAGGACAUGAUGUGAACCCCUCCUCCCUUGCUUCCAAGAGUUUUUUUUGGGGGGGGGCUCUACUAGCCAUUUGCUAAAAAGAGCCCUGCUUUACAGUACGUGGCCAAGGAGAUAAUUUAUCUCAUAGAAGCACCGGGAAGACUUAGCCUUAAAGAGCCUACAGUGUCUUUCGGACUCUCACUUCUGGACAUUCAAUAAUGGACCAAAUUCAACCGGACACCAGAAAGGUCCAGAAGCUCUGCAAAGGGCAGGAAGCACAACACUUCCGAAGAGUUUUGCUGGCCCUUUGCUGGUUGGGCUGAGUUUUUUGCUGUUGUUUUUAAGUGCAAUAAUUUUUGUACGUGUGUGAUUUUAUCAGAACGUUGAACUGUUUUCUGCCCGCACUAUUGAGCAAGCUCGUAACCCAAGAAGGAUCAGGCAUAGUUGGUGUCAAAUUAUACCUCAUUGUUAAAAAGAGGCAUGCCCACACAUGAAAAAAUGGCAAUUCUGCUGCAAGGAAAUUGAACCAGUGCUAUCUAUAAUCCAACAUAAGCUUACUGGAUCAGCAAUGGGGAGGGUGGAUCGGGGGAGAGAGAAAGGCUCUUCCCACAGAUCAACUGCGUAUCUUUUCCAAAUAUGAAGAGCUGUAAUUCAGCUUCAAAGUAGAGUAGAAAAAAUAUUUAAGUCUUAAUUGUUC